AUGUCUCAUAUAUACAGUUCGAAUACUUCGACGAAUAGUGAAGGACCAAUGAACUCACCACCAUACGAUUCGUACUUGAAUAAAUACAACAACACUAACUUAUUGCAAGUCACUUCCAAUAAUAGUGAAACCACCACUACAUAUGUGGAUAAUUCGAUAACUUCCAGGCUUGUCGAAAAUGAUAAGAGAACACUCAAUAUUGCACCAGAAAAUGGCGAUAAGACAUCCCCAGACUUGAAUUUGGAAGGCCAGGAAAAUUUACACAAUGAAAAGAGAUUAUUUUCCUUCCUUUUCUCCAAGAAGGUGCCUCCUGUUACAGCACCAGAAGAAAGAACCUUAUAUCCUUGGAAGACAUCUAAUCCAUUAAAUAGAAUGAUGUUCUCAUGGCUUUGGCCAAUUCUAUUAAAAGGUUAUAAAAGAACGUUAUUACCGGAUGACUUGUGGUAUCUUACUGAUGACUUAAAAGUUGAGUCUAUGCAUGAAAGAUUCGAUGUGAAUUUAAACAAAAGGUUAGAGCAAGAUAAGGAAAAAUAUUUAAAAAAGCAUAAUAAUUUGGAUGGUCACACAUGGUCGCAGUACAAUAUUCCAUUGGCUUUAUUCGAUACGUUUAGAUUACAGUACGUCAUGAGUUGUGUCUUCUUGGGAUUAUCAUUUGUUUGUCAAGCUUUAUCUCCUUUGAUUACUAGAAAACUAAUUGAUUUUGUGCAAAACCUGUACGAAACUAGGAUUUUUGGCGUUGAUGUGAGUUAUAAUGAAGGUAUUGGAUAUACUAUCGGCGCGGUCGUCUUGAUUUUUGUUAAUGGUUUAUUGUUAAAUCAUUUUUUCCACAACGCAAUGGUAACAGGGGCACAAGCCAAGGCUAUUUUGACUAAAUCAUUACUUUUAAAAUCCUUCAAUUUGAGUUCAAAGGCAAGAAGUCAAUUUUCGAUUGGUAAGAUAACUUCGUUGAUGAGUACUGACUUAGCUAGAAUUGAUUUAGCAAUUGGAUUUCAACCUUUGGUCGUUUGUUUUCCUAUUCCAGUCAUUAUAGCUGUUGUAUUAUUGCUUAAAUUUAUUGGUGUCACUUCCUUAGCUGGCAUUGGUUUAUUCAUUGUUUCUUUGGUAAUUUGUGUAUUAUUGACUAAAAAAUUGUUUACUACUAGAGAAGAAGUUGUUUUAUACACAGACGACAGAAUUAGUUUAAUGAGAGAAGUUUUGAAUAACUUGAAAAUUAUUAAGUUCUACGCUUGGGAAAUGGCUUAUAAAGUUGGUAUAACUAAAAUCCGUAAUAAGGAAAUGAAAUAUUUGUUUACCAUUAAAGUCUUGAGAAAUUUCGUUACCGCAUAUGCUGUGACUUUACCAACUUUGACAUCAAUGGUUUCAUUCACAUCUAUGUGGGCAAACAACAGCAUGAAAAAUCCAGGUAAGGUCUUUUCAUCAUUGUCAUUAUUUUCUAUUUUGGCCCAAGCUAUUAUGUUAUUACCAAUUGCUUUAGCUACAGGUGCCGAUGCAUUAAUUGGCUUCCGUCGUUGCAGAGAUUACUUAGUGGCUGAAGAAUAUGACGAUGAUUUGGAACAAAGAUUAGCAUCUGACAUUGAAAAGAGAUAUAUUGCUGGCGAUACUAAUUCCGAAUUUGAGUUCAAACAUGAGUCUUUUGAUUUAAGUGAAGCUGAUUCAUACAAGAAUACAAAUAUAAAUGCAAAUGCUAUAGAAAUAAAUCAUGCUAAUUUUAUUUGGGAAUCCUUUCACGUCGAAAAUUCCAGUACAUGGGAUUUGAAUUCCUCUGGAAGUCUGAGCGAUAAAGAAUCUAAAAGGAAGAAGAAGUCUAAAUCCAAGGAUGUCAAGUAUCAAAUUCAGGAAAAAGAUAGCUUUCAAGAGUCAUCAAGGUCGUCUAAUGAGACAUACUGCGAAUCUCCUUCUACAAUAGAAGCUAGACAAUUUUCAGGUUUGACGGAUAUCAAUUUAUCUAUAAAGCAAAAUGAAUUUGUUAUAAUAACUGGUUCAAUUGGAUCAGGUAAGUCUUCAUUAUUGGCGGCAUUAUCCGGAUUUAUGAAGUUAGAGAAUCCCUCAGUUGGACAAGUGAACAUUUAUGAUGAUUUGUUAUUGUGUUCGGACCCUUGGAUUCAAAAUGCCACUGUUAGAGAUAAUAUUACCUUCGGAAAGCCAUAUGAUGCUACUAGAUAUAACAAAGUAAUCAGCGCAUGUUGCCUAGAAGACGAUAUAAAAUUGCUACCUGCUAGAGAUUUAACAGAAAUUGGUGAAAGAGGUAUUACAUUAUCUGGUGGUCAGAAGUCGCGUAUUAAUUUGGCUAGAGCUUCAUAUGCGGACGCAAACAUUAUGUUAUUCGAUGAUGUCUUGUCUGCCGUUGACGCUAGGGUUGGAAAACACAUUGUCAAUAAUUUAUUUAAUGGUCUUUUGAAAUAUAAAACUAGAGUUUUGGCAACUCAUCAGUUAUCAUUAAUUCAAACUGCGGAUAAAGUUAUCUAUUUAAAUGGUGACGGAACAAUUGAUUUCGGAACUUUGAAUGAAUUACUUGCCAGAAACAAUCAAUUUAAAAGAUUGAUUGAAUUCAAUACAGACCUUAGUAGAGAUAAUGAAUCUGGAAACAAUAAUUACAGAGCUUAUGAAAAUUACAAUGAUACAGAUUAUAAUAAUAAUCAUGGUUUCGAAGGAGCAAAGUUAAUUAGACAACAGUCGGUUGUUCCCGAAUCAAGUGAUAUAGCAGGUAAAAUAAUGGGUGAUGAAGAAAGAGCAACGAAUGCGAUCUCUUGGGAUAUCUACAAGAAGUAUAUUGAUUUAGGCUCAGGAUUCUUUGGUUGGUCUGCUGGACCUGUAUUUAUAUUCUUGAUGACGUUAGCAACAUUUUGCCAACUCUUUACUAAUACUUGGUUAUCGUAUUGGACUGAAAAGAGAUUCACAAAUAUGAGUGAUAACGUCUAUGUUGCAUUAUAUGUCAUGUUUGCAUUUUUAACUGUUUUCUUUACAGCUAUUGAAUUUACUAUGCUAGCUUAUAUGAAUAACAGAUCAGCUAAGUUAUUAAAUGUUAAAGCGGUUGAAAAGAUAUUGCAUGCACCAAUGAGUUACUUAGAUACAAACCCAAUGGGUAGAAUCUUAAACAGAUUUACGAAAGAUACUGAUUCUUUAGAUAAUGAAAUUGGGGAACAAUUAAGAUUAUUCUUAUUUCCAUUGGCAACUAUUAUAGGUAUUGUCAUUUUAUGCAUUUGUUACUUACCGUGGUUUGCGAUUGCUGUUCCAUUUUUGUCAUUUGCAUUCGUUUUCGUAGCAAAUUUUUACCAAGGAUCUUCAAGAGAAAUUAAGAGGUUAGAAGCAGUUCAGAGAUCUUUAGUCUACAAUAAUUUUAACGAAACCUUAUCUGGAAUGUCAACAAUUAAGGCAUACAAAGUCGAAGAAACAUUCAUUGAGAAAAAUGAUAGAUACCUUAAUAAAAUGAACGAAGCUUAUUAUGUAUCAAUUGCUAAUCAAAGAUGGUUAGGCGUUCAUUUGGAUAUUAUUGCUAGUAUUUUUGCCUUAAUUAUUUGUUUAUUAUGUAUCACUGAUCAAUUCCACAUCAGUGCUUCUUCAACUGGGUUGUUAUUAAGUUACGUUAUUCAAAUUGUUGGUUUAUUAUCAUUAACUAUCAGAUCAAUGACGCAAGUUGAGAAUGAAAUGAACUCAGUUGAAAGAUUACAUCAAUAUGCAUUUCAUUUACCCCAGGAAGCACCGUACAAGAAACUGGAAACCGCUCCACCUGCAGAAUGGCCUCCAUCGGGAUAUAUUCAAUUCAAUAAUGUAUCCUUAAAAUAUAGAGACAAUUUACCUACAGUUUUAAAGAACUUAAACUUUAGCGUUUAUCCAGGUGAAAAAGUUGGUAUUUGUGGUAGAACUGGUGCUGGUAAAUCUUCUAUCAUGACGGCGUUGUACAGACUUGUAGAAUUGAAUGAAGGUUCAAUUGUCAUCGACGGUUUAAAUGUUGCUGAUAUGGGUUUAUAUGAUUUAAGAUCAAAGUUAUCUAUUAUUCCCCAAGAUCCUGUCUUAUUUCAGGGAACAAUAAGAAAGAACUUAGAUCCAUUUAAUGAAUCAACAGAUGAAAAAUUAUGGGAUGCUUUGAGAAGGUCAGGCUUGAUUGAUGCAAGCCAAUUAUCUAGGAUUAAAAAUACUAAAUUAGACCAACAUAGGAACAUUGGCUACGAAAGUCUUCAUAAAUUUCAUUUGGAUCAAUUAGUUGCUGAUGAUGGAAGUAAUUUCUCUUUAGGGGAAAGACAAUUAAUUGCAUUAGCAAGGGCGUUGGUUCGUAAUUCUAAAAUUUUAAUCUUGGAUGAAGCGACCUCAUCUGUUGAUUAUGAAACUGAUGCUAAAAUUCAAAAGACUAUUGUAAAUGAGUUCAGUCACUGUACGAUAUUGUGUAUUGCUCAUAGGUUGAAGACUAUUCUUAAUUACGAUAGAAUUUUGGUAAUGGACAAAGGUUCGCUUAUAGAAAAAGGCACACCUUAUAAUUUGUUUACCAAUAGGAAGGGUAUUUUCAGACAAAUGUGUGAUAAAACUAAUAUUAUCGACGAAGAUUUUCAGUGA